UGUCUGGGCCAGUGGAUUAUUCCGUUUAUAAACCUGUGGAUCAUGCAACUACAGAAGGAAACAAGCCUGUGGAAUAUUCUACCGAAAAUGGGAACUUAGUGCGAAGAGAUUUCAGGAAUGUUAGUAGAGUAGUCAAUGUGGCUGAGCCAAAACGCUUUGGGAAGACACCGCUUCCUCUUGGAAAUAAGAUCCAGCUUUCGCCUUCAACGUCGCUGAGUCUUCAACAAAUGUUUCAAGGUUUGGCUAAGGUUGCCAGCAGGAAUAAGGAUGCACUAAACAGGAAUAAUAACAAUGCAACAGCACAAAAUAUUGGCACGAAAUCGAAGUUUUAUGUGACUUCCCCCACCCACGAUAACAGAUUCCCCAUUGACUUGACGCAGCAAAUAAACCCUUCACACGGCAGGAGUAAAUCCUUUGGUGAUGCUGAUCGUCAGAUCUCGGAACCUGGUGUACGAACAGGCCCUUUCUCUUAUCGUAGACAGCCCCUUUAUUCUGGGAAAAAGGGCUCGAAAGGUGUGGGAUCUCAUAGCAAAUCAAAGUCAUAUGAUGGAGACGAUGGUCAAGUGAGAAGCUCAUUCGACUCAGAUUCUGCUGAAGUACCGAAACCGCCAGGACACAGCUACAAAAAUACAGAAUCGGACCUUCCGAAGUUUUCACAACAAAGUGGAAUCUGUCUUCUGAAGGGUGAUAUAAACUCUGGUAAAAAGACGGGUGUCUAUGGGCCUCUUAGUCCUUAUCUUGAACCAAAGUUGCAGAGAGGUGACAAUGAAUAUGAGCCACUUAGUCCUAAAAACCAGCGGAAAUCUAGGGGUAAUGACAUUGAAAGUGUACCUGAUGCCUAUGGAAAACUGCGUCCUACUUUACGACUAAAAUCAGAUGGACAGUUUUGGAAGGAGCAGCCCUAUGCUGUGGAACAGAUGGAUCAAGGAGGCUCUGUUUUAAGUCAGGGUAGACACGGUUGUGUGAACAAAGGUGCUAAAAGUGACACCAAUGUCCUUGAUGGACUGAAAGAACCUGCUACUGAAAACGUUAUGGAAGCUCAGUACGUCGACGAUUUGUACAAUCACUUGAAAGGCACACUUUUUCAUGACGAACCAUACUCCACAUUAUCACUACCCAUGAGGGAUUCAGAUUCAGACUCAUCUGACCCUGAAGUUUGGAUUCGUAAAGAGUCCAACGUCUUUGACCCAAAUUAUGAACAAAGGGAGAACCAGCGUUACAGUUUGUUGGGAAACUCUCCGAGGCCGUCUGGUGUGUGGACUGAUGUGCCACACGAGGAAUGCUACUCAGGAGCUCCUUGCACCUGUAGCCCAGGAUUCCGCACAAGCGGCGGUGUCUUUGACUUUGAUCCCGAUCGUCAGGUUUGGCAUCGAAAAGCUUGGAAAGCAUUUGAUCCCAAGCAUCCGGUCCCUGAUCAAUAUGGCGAUGGUGACUAUGAGGACUACAUAUCUGGUGAAAACUUGGCUCAAAUAUUUCAAAGAGAUUCAGAUGGUAGGAGGCAAAGGUCAGAACUACAGAGCCCAAGGACCUCGCCUUUGAUUCCAAGGGUUGGCAAGAGAGGGGCAUCCGCAGGAUAUGUUGAUAAAAUCCAUGAUGUUCCUAUCCGUGCUCUGUCUGAUUCCAUUAAAAAGCGAAGGAUGAAAAAUCUUGGUGUGCCAGGAAACGCCGGUGAUUACGAGGGGUCAGAGGAAUUCAAAAAUGUCAGGUGGCGGGAUUUUUUUCGGAACAAGUGUCACAUGGAUAGCAGGUUCGAUGAUUUCUUUCAGCGGGAUGUAUUCAGUAGUAAAUUCGAGGAUAUCUUGGAGAGUAGUCCAUUCAAGCGGAGAUUGAGUGAUUUUGAGGAAUAUUUGUCGUCAAAACGAUCAUCGACAUCGUCAGCAUCAGCAGAUUCUUUCCUGAAUUUUCUCCAAAGUCGUCAACGGGAUGAUGGUCUUGGAAGUUGGGGGAGUUGUAGUAGUUCAUUUGGAAGUUGCAGAAGUCAUAGGAGUGACUGUUUCUCCGGAGAGAAUAGUGAUGAAAGUGAAUCAGAAGACGAAGCACAUAUACAUGGCCCAGAAUGUAAAUACACAUGUCACCACCGGUGUCGCCAGCUGAUAACGCUAGACUGUGAAGGUGCAAGCAACGAAGGCAGCUCAGAGGCACAAGCAUCUUGUUCCACGACUGAAGAAAGUACCAACGGCAAAGCCAUGGUUAAGGAAUCUGGUGAAUUCGAGUCUGGUUAUGAGCCAAAUGACCGACCAGACUACUCGUCGCUUCCCAAGGAAGACAUUCGACGCCGGAUAGAGGAAUUCAAUUCCAAGAAUACAAAUCAUGGACUUCUUAUGGAAAUGGGACAACUUCUGCUUAAACCGAGAGAAGAUGGCCUAACAUUCCAAGGUUUCAUUCGGGUAAACAUGAACCUAACUCGUCCAAUCAACAUGUCGAUAGGCGUACGGCCACCGUCUAUUUACGAUGUGCUCACGCAUGAAGACAUAGAGGACGAUCACACCCAGACGACGUCUUUCUAUUUACCCAGAGACACAGUCAAAGCUUUACAUAUUACCAGUGAUACAACGACGCGAGAAGUGAUAUCUUUACUCCUACACAAGUUCCAUAUCACAGACAAUCCACACAAGUUUGCCCUCUACCAUCAUUUUAUUGGCGACAAUAACAAACUUCAAAUCCGUAAGUUGCCCGACGGUGAGAAGCCACUGCAGCUCUGGCUGAAGUGGGAGGAGGAGGAGUCUGAGAGCCAGUGGAAACUUGUGCUGCAAGAAAAUGAGACGGGAGAAAUCAUGUGGGAGGCGUUUAGUAUACCAGAAUUGUCCAACUUCCUCGAGAUUCUUGAUCGUGAGGAAAAAGAACACAUUGAACAAUUGCGUACGAAAUAUAAAGUUAAGAAACUGCAACUAAAUGCGCGAGUACGAGAGAUUGUGUCAGAAGCUAGCGACACGGGAGAAAGUACGGCGUAGAAAUUAUGGGAUAGAAUCCAGUGAAAGGUGUCGGAAUCAGAUUCUGUAGAAUGAUGCGGGCGAAAAAUGUGAUUGAGAUCUCCAGAUUAUGUCAAAAUGUUCUUAGAAUCAGGACGGAAAGAAUGUCAUAGACAUGGAGAAUGCCACUCAGAAGUUAUUGUCAAUCUGUGGAUUCAGUCGGGAAAAUCAGUUUCCAGAAACUUUUUGUUCUCCUAAAGUAGUUUUAACAGGGUUGAAAUUGUAAAAAAAUGUUUGAAAAUGUAUAUCUGUGAGUGAUUUAUUUGAUUCAGUGAAAAUUUUCCGGGUGGCUGAUUUUUGAUAUGUGUCAAUUUUCAUGUGCUGUUUUUCCGCCCUGUUAAAACGUUUUAUGGAGAACACAUGACAGGCCUGGUAUCAUUGUGGAUUCAUUCAGAUCUGGACGUACGAAAAUAUGGAAUGUCAAAUUUGUAUUUCACGGUGGAUUUGUAUAAUCGCUAAGCUGCUGCAUUUGUGGGUGCUUGUGCAUCCUGAUCCUUGCCAAGGUUAAGUGACUUGCCUGAGGUGACCUCAGUUUCCUGUCUCAAGAAUUUUUUAUACACUAGUGUUUGAAAUAAUGUAGAAAAUAUGCAAAAUAGGGAUCCAAUUUCAACUCGUAAAGUGCAGAACUAAAGAGCGAUUUUUGUUGCUGCGACAUGCAAUGAUAAUUGCAUGUGACAAAAAUUGCUUGUUUGUAGUUGUCAUCCAAUUGCCUGUGACACGAAUCAGUCAUAACUGCCGAUUACUGCGCUCUUGCACCUAAGAUAGUUGUGAGAAAAAAAAAAUUAGAGAAUUUCAGAAUUGCAUACACUUGCAUGUGCGCUGCCAUGGAGUGUUGGAAGGAAAUUCAUUUCCCUCAACCAAUCUGGACAAGUGUGACCCAGGAUCUUUUUACACACUUCACGGCAGAAAAACUUCGAUGAUGGAAUACAGAACAUUUUUCCUUUGGCAAUUUUCUUCAUUUGUGAAACAACGAAAUGACCGCUGUAUAAUCUUUUUGUGCAUCUUUGGUCCCCUCACAUUGUUCUUUAGUUUUCCCGAAAGAUUUGGAGCAGGGAAUUGGUCGUGCUAAUUAUAUCCACAAGUAAUAGGCAGCUGAGAAUUUGCGGUAAAGUCAAUGCACAUUUUGUUUGUGCAGAACAUUGUAAUGUUAGUCAAACAUUGAAAUAUGCAAAAGUGUUGUGCCAGGUAAGGUAAAAGUGAUACAAUUAUAGACUCGGUACAAUUAUAGCCUCUAUAGUCUAGAAAACCGCUGACAGUAUGCAUUAAUGCACACACAGGUUAUUAUUGUACUGAGACCUUAAUUGUACUGCCUUACCUUGCAAUUUUUUGUGCAAUUCCUAUACUACCAAACUAUACUACUGUAUUAUACUAUACUUGCCCACAGUUGCAUGCAAAAAAUCUCCCGUUACAGCAUCAUGCAACGAAAUUUUUGCACCUCUCAAACCUGGAAAAAAUUGUUAGGUGUGGAGUGCAAAAUCGCUUGUUGCUACUUGCAUGCAACAGAAAUCACAUAUCCCUGCAACAAAACUUGCUACUGUGUAACAAAACUUGCUUGUGUAUGGCGAACAUUACUAUUGGUAUUGAAACUACUGAUUCAGUUUUCAUUUGGCCAUUCAUUUAUAUCGGUGAGAAACUUAUGGGGGUGGGGGUAGGUGAUCUACCAAGCUGAAACGAAAAAUGGAAAACUUCUUUAUGAAAAAGAAGGUUGUGAAAAGGCUUUUCUAUCUGAAGUUUGUCUCCACCUGUUGGGUUGGCUUUUAUAGUUUGUUGAUUUGUCAAUAUGUUGUUUUACAAAGAUUUGAAACUUUUCACUUGCCUGUCAGUCAACCUGUAUAAGAAUGAUGAUGGCAAUGCAGUGUUUUUCAAACUUGUUUGCUGAUUCUUGGAAGUCAGGGUGACCUGACGAAGCAAUGACUAAGACCUGGUUUACAUAGGAUUUAUGGUUGGUGUAAAGUCACGUGAUGAAACAAUGACUAAGGCAUGGUUUACAUCAGAUUCAUGGUUCACUUAAGGUCACGUGAUGAAGCAAUGACUUGAGCCGCCUGGUUUACAUAUGAUUCAUGGUUUCCGCAGCUCUGGCUGAUGCAUGGUUUACAUAGCAUUCAGUUUCACCUCCAGUCAUUGGAUGAAACAAUGACUCAGGCCUGGUUUACAUAGGAUUGACUUAUCAGGAGCAUGUUCGUUAUUGGCUUUUGAUUAAAAACAAGACAUGACACACUCUUUGUAAACCUUAGAAAACAUGAUCAUGAGGCAGUGACGAAGAAUGAUCAGGUUAAAUCUUGUUAAAAAAGGGUGAUUUUCGUUUUAAACUGCAAUUUUUUUCUGCUUAUAGAAAAGUGACAAAAAUUCCAUGACUCUGACCUGGUUUCCGUUACUGUCUGAAUGGCUAACAUUAGAAAUACUUUUUAGGCUGGAGUUAUACAGGAUUCAUAUAGUCACUUGUCAUGAUUCACUUGUCACAAGUCAACUGACUUUUACUUGAAAACACGAAAUGAGGGUGAAAAGUGACCUCGUGAAUCGUAGGUAGCCCGCUCUUUCGAAAUGACUUGUUCGUUCUUCAUGGCGUGAACAGUGAACAGCGUCAGGUUACAUGCAAGUGCAACAAAACUUGAGCUUUCAGUUUGAUGUCACACAUUUUUGUUGCUGAGCUGGAAGUCGAUUGGUUUUAAUUGAAACUAAAUUAUUAUUUAGUUGAUGUGUAUGCUAUAAUGAUGUGAAUUACUUCUGUCUGUGCUGAAAUAGUCUAUGUUGUUGAUUUCCUCCAAAUAUGAACUGUUGAAUGAUUUGGUCUUAUGUGUCGAUGGGGGUUGCUUUUGCAGCAAAUACAGAAUUCAUUUGCACCUUUUAUAAGUAACGGUAAUUUCCAAUACAGAUUGGGAGAAGUCAGUACUUUUGCCAGAAUUGAAUUGAAGAACUCCAAACUAAAAGGGUUACCAAUAAUAUUUCAAAAACAAUUUUUGUCUGAAAAAAUAUUUCUUGGUAAGAUGACCCCACUCAAAUGCUUUUUGCACCAAAGUAAGCUCCAUGCCCAAAUUUUACACAUUACAUCAUGAAAAUUCCUUUUAAGACAGUACAGUAUAUCGAAAUUUUGUUAGCAGAAAAGGGGGUACAAACUCCCCAUCUUCCAGGCAAGGGGGUAUACCCCCUGUCACCCUGCUGGUAGAAAUGAUGGCAGACAUGCUGGAGGCGUAUGUUGUCCGCACCCCACCCCCCACCCUCACCACUUCCACCCAAUCCUGAAGGAGUAUCAAGUUUCUAUGACAUAAGGUGAAAACUGAUAGUCAGGUUUUUAUCAUGGCAGACUUGUUGACUAUUGUCGACUUCACUGCAUUUAAUAUUUUACGAUUCUGACUCGAUGCAUCGAACUUUGAUUGUUUUCAUUCCAACAUUAAGUAGUUGGCUUUACUAUUCCUUAUUCUAGAUAGGUACUUGUAUUCUCAAAUAUUUCAGUGAAGGCCCACUCAUUUUGGUACUGCCGAAACCCAGUUAAAACAAACUUCAGGGGAUCAGAGUUUUCGUGUGUUAUAUCUUGGUUUUGUUAACAACGAAUGGGGAGUUUAUACAGAAACUGGCAAUGUUAUCUGUCGAUUUUCAUUCAAACUGAGUUUUAAGUGAGUUUUACUGUUAUAAUUGAGUUGUACUUUCAUAAUUUGGUGUUAUGCCGUUAUAACAGAAUUAUACUGUUAUAACUCAGUUAUACUGUUAUAACUCAGUUAUAUUGUUAUAACUGACUCUAUCAGUAUAAUAUGCAUAUUAUUGUUCAGUUGUCUGUCGUAUGAAUAUUGUUGCAAUAUUGUGUUAGCUUUUCCCCGUGGUUGCCAUAAGAUCAUGUUUAACCCUGAGAAAUUUGAAGCCACAGAAAACUUUGACAAAAUUAGGCAAAGUGACGAGCUGUCAUGACAUUGGCACCAGGGCAAGUGCUGCCAUCGCUUUGUAAGAAAGGCAGUCUGGACAUUCCACUAUGUGAAAUGCAGUAUACACAAAGUUUACUGAUGAAUUGGAGUGAUUUAGAUGUGCUAAUCAACUUUUGGACAGUGUCAUAUCCUAUGCCAUGUAGAGGGCACCACUGCAAUCCAGUGAGGCAGGCAGAAUAUUCAUAGGUUGAACUGUACAUGUAGCCUUGACCUCUUGUAAACAGUGACCUUGACCUCGAGCAACAAGGCCAAGGUUGAAGGUUUGUCUCUUGGUGAUCGAGAUGGACAAUUAAGUUUGUCGACUUAAACGUGUUCUUUCGUAGUAAAAUAGUUGUUUAACUCCAGCGUUUAGUUUCUUUGCAUUUUGAAUGGUUUUUGGUGACUUAACUUUAUAGUUUGAAUAUGUUGUUUUGGUUGAAACGAGAAUUCAAAGAGGUACUGGCAGAACUCCUCUGUGGCGUAGCACUGACAAGUAACAGGGUUAUGACUGUGGCGUAAACAAAUUAGGCUGGUGUUUCGUUCAAGUUACUGUAAACCCCUUUAUUUUGCAAGCCUAAUAAUUUCACAGUAUCACGACAGGAGAUGUACAAAUGAGCACUUCACGGGGAUGAGACAUAUACGAUACUUUGAGAAUUUCCAUUUUUCCACUCUUAAAAAAAGGGCUAAAUUUGACAGGAGAAAUGGAAAGAUCUUUGGCUCUGCUCUGGGUAGAACUUUGAAUUUUCAGAAUCGGACCAAAAAUAACCAUUUUAGAGGUAUAUUUGGAAGUUAGGGGAGUUCCAAAUUUUCACGGUCAAAUACAAAGACUUUUCCUCAAAAGGGGGUUGUUUGCACCAGUCACCUCCCUUGUCUUGCCUAUUAUGUGUCAUGUAUUUUUUCACUCAUAUCCAAGAAUGUAUAGCCAAUUUUCACCAAUUUUCACCAAUUUUGUCCUGUUUCAUUAAUGUUUCAUUUCACACUAUAAUCUUGGAAGUCAAAAUUAUGCUUUGGAAGAUCGAAAUUGUUUGAUAUUUUGUUGCAUCAUGAUUGUUUAUAAAUGAUUGUUGAAAAUUACUGAUUAUGAUUUCAUCAUUGGGAAUUGUAUUUUCUUAUCCCUCUUUACCGAAAGAUGUUAAUUGGCCACCUUUUAAUGUUACACAUAUUUUUUGGGUUUGUACACGCACAAGCUGUUGAUGUUGAUGUUAUCGUUUAGAUUUCAAGUGUAAGGAGCCAAGUCUGUACCCUACUCAUUUUGGAGUGAUCUUACCCAUCUGCUAGUCUCCGGAAAAAAGAUGGUGAUUUCGAUAAGCAUGAUUUGGGAAUUACUCACUAGAUGGCACUGUGUUAGCAUCAGCCAUCAGCGAUGUUGGGAAUUAAAAGUCUUUCUCUAUUUUUGGCACCAGACGUCUGAUAUAUCGCAAAGAUUUACUGGAAUCAUUUUUAAGUUUUAAAAAAAUUAAUAAGCAGCAUUUGGAUGUCUCUCCAAAUGCUGCAUAGGUGGAGCUAGUAGCCUGAAACCGAGUAGACUCUUUCAUCCCUUUCUGCUCUUCGAAAAAAUAUUACAUUUCAGCCAGGGUGGUCAAGUGAUAAGCAGUGCCAUCUGUGAGAUAUUCAUCGAACUGCUCAUCACUAAGCGGUGCGUUUGUGGGGACAAGUUGGCGGGCACAACCGUUGUGAGAGGAAUCAGAGAAAGGCAAAAGAGCAUUUGAAAAGCUUUUGAGUGUAAAACUAAUGCAGAUAAUUAUUGUUACAUUUUGUUUUCAUGAUAGUGAUACAAGAACAAAAAAACGUGUAAACUUAUAACCAAGACGGGCUGUAACAGCUCCCAAGUCAUCAGGGUCUUUGCUACAGACAAGGGGGGGUGAUUACCUGUAUGGGGAAACUUCUCUUUCGCACUUUCUUCAUCUCGUAUGCCCUUUUUCCCCGAGAAUGUCCUGUGUUGAAUCGGGAUGUUUUAGCCAGGCCCAGCAAGAGUACAUGAUAAUUACAAGAAUAGUUGUUUCCGCUUGGUAUAAGGUGUCCGUCAGUUAGAUAAUUCUUAAUCUAGCGAAAAUUCUGAAUAUCCCCAGUAAAGUCUGAAUACCCUGCAUGAGUCGAUUUGGGAUAUUUUGAACCCUGCCAGAGUACAUAAUAGCAAAAUUAUUGUUUCCGCUUGGCAUGAGGUGUCUUUUUCAGCUAGAUAAUUCUUGAUUUAUCAUGUUGAAACCAGUCAUUGGACAUUCCCUUCAGUUUGUUGUUCUCGCAUAACUACAGUGGAACCUCCCUUUGCGGACACCUCUCUGUUAAGGACGUCUUCUCUAUUAAGGACUCUAGUUUUAGUCCCAAAGUGGACGUUUCCAUUCAAUUUGACCUCUCUAAUCAGGAUACAUCUCUAACAGCACUUGUCAGUCACGAGGGUGUCCUUAAUAGAGAGGUUCUACUGAAACUCUAUCUGACAACUUUGCGAUCAGAUUAACACAUUCUAGCUUUGGAACACGGUUUUUCUAGAAGAUCAUCAUAAAAUGACUGUGCCAUGUUCUGUAAUUUUAUUCCAAAAACUGCAAGUCUUUUCAAUUUGUCUGUAAAUAAUGUAUAUUAUGUAUGUCAAUACAAUGAAGUUUAUGAUA